AUGAGCAUCACAACAGAAAAAAACCAACUCACUCUUAUUUCAAUCGUGGAAAGCGCCAAAUUUUAUACGUCAUUAUGUCUCGGAACCACAGCUAUUUUGUCGGUAUUCGCUUUCUUAUUUUUGAUACCGUUUGUAGUUGACCCGGCUAUUACAAGUCUUCUAGCUGAUUAUGAACCGGAGCCUGUGACGUGUAUAGCUACUCAGCAUAUUUACGCUGAAGGGAUAUCCAACUGUUCCUGGUCCUCAUGUCGUGAAGGCUGCACACGCGAAGCUACCAAAUGCCAUCAAAUCUACGUCAAUUACUCAAAAAUACCUUUUCUAAAAUAUCAAAGUGAGAUGAUGGGGAUGAUACAAUGGGAUGUAGCAGAUACUAGAUUUUUAAUCAAUACGGAGGGUUGCGGAUACCCUCCAUCUGUUAACUGCUCGGAGUUUGCCCAUCAGUAUGGAUACAAAACUGCCGGGACUCCAUUCCCUUGUUAUUAUAGUAGAGUUUAUCCCGAAAUGCAGGUAGUUGCGAGAUACUCAUGGGAUGACACUCUGCGCCACUUGGUGCUCUCUAUCGCCAUUCCAAACCUGUUAUUUGCUGCCUCCAUAGGAGUACUCAGCUACUGGUAUUGUCCUGGAUGCGGCAGAUCCUGCCAGAAGUACAUACAUCAUUUUCCAACACAAGAAGAAGACUUCGACGAAAACAACUACUAGCACACAGCAAAUUAUUGAACAUUUUCAUAUCUAUGACGUAGGCUUUGACGAAAACUUUCCCUUAAAAAGAUUACCUUUACCAUAAACUAGGCCGUUCAAAGGCGUUUACAAAUAUACUAUCACGCUUUUUAAGGGCCUUGUGUGACACAGCUUUUUGACAUUUUUCUUUAAUUAUCUGGAGUUCAGGCACUAUCAAAAACUCAUAAACCUGGUAAAAAUAUCAUUUCAUAUUAAGAAAAUGAUGUAAAGGUACAUUGAUGUAAAGCUCAAUGGAGCUCAAUAUCUUUCAGGAUCGAUAUUGGUUUUUGCGAUGCGUAUGAGGAGAGGUUUUGUAUUUCAUAGUGUUGGGAUCAUUUUCUAUGUGAAUAAAGUUGAUCAAGUGUUUUGUAUGGCGAUAAUAUCUCUGAACAUAUGUUGAUAGUAGUGUAAUGUUCUCCCAAAGAGAUACACAAUUACGACAAAGGUAUUAAACGCAGCAACAAAGACCAUGCAGGAAGAAAUGAUCUUACCUGCCAAAAAAAUGAAGUACUUGGGAGUAAUACUACCUUUGGUGAGCAUGAAAUACGUCGUUCGCAAGGCAGAGGGAGAACUUUAGCUCUGACAAGGCUUAUUCCCAACGUGGGAUGACCAGGAACUGCCAUAAGGAUAAUUUUAAAGAGGUGGUCCACUCUACUGUACUCUACGCGGCACCGAUAUCGCAACAAGUGCUUAUAGGAAAAUGCUAGAGAAAGCCCAAAGAAAAGCAAUACUAAAGGUAGCACGCGCAUAUAGAACAACAUCAACGGUGACCAUAUAAGUGAUUGCGGGUGUGUUACACAUCCACCUGAUGGCGAAGGAAAGCGUGAAAACCUACGGGAAAGAUGAGUGGGAGAAAAUAGUAGCUAGGAAUAGCAGCAUAAUGGAGUGGCAGGAAGAAUGGACAAACGAGCAUAGGGUAGCUUGAACGAAGGUAUUAAUUCCAAUUGUAGAAUGAAAGAAGUACGGCGACAGAGACCCUAACGUCUUCACCCAGUUUCUAACAGGACACGGCUCGUUCAGGGCCUACCUAGAAAGGAUAUGGAAGGUAGCGGAUGGAAACUGCAGACUGUGGACUUACUAACACGGCCGAGCACGGUGUAUUCGAAUGCAGAAUAAAUAUUGAAUCAGGACAGAAAUGAAUUACACAGGAAGAUAGGUAGGGUAAGAGCACGUACUAUAAUGCAGGUAGCAAUGAUUGGAAAGACGGAAUACAAGGCAAUACUGGAGGUAGUAACUCAAAUUGUCAGAAAUAAGGAAAUAAUAGAGAGGAAUCUUCAGCAAAGGUAGGAAGAGAGAGAUUGAAAGAGGGGGAUUUAUAGAGGUAUUGAAAGAGAGGGAGAGAGGGAGAGAGAUGACGGGCUACUCAUGUGAUAUAUCGGUCGGGAGAGGAACUACUUGCUACCUGAAUAGUCUGAAAGAGGGGUGGACUGUACUUGGUAGACAGGAAGCUAUGGGUGUACCGUGAGCAAGACUCCUCUGGGAGGGCAGCGUGCGGAUCGACCCUUCCAACCUGAAUACCAUACACGCCAUGUCAUCCUUAACUGUAUACGGCCUGGUACGGUCUUUAAAAGACUUACUACAUGCUUCCCAUAAAAAAGCAACAAAGGCCAUAAUUAAAAAGAAGAAAAAGCGUAGGUACAAAGAAGAAUGCAAACAGGAUUUACAAGAACUAUGGAUUGGAUAAAUAGAGAAAGAAGAACAAUUUUGUGAAGAAGUACAAAGUACGGACAAAAUAUUCAGAAGAGAAAAAUAAUAAUUCGAGAAAUACAGAAAAUGGAACAGAACUUAGGUGUAGCAUACAAAUAUCUAUAUAAGUCAUAUUAUAGUUUGGAAAACCUAUUUCCAAACUCCACUAGAAGCACAAGAAAAUGAUAAUUCUUAAGAUUUGCGGCAGGAUGAGGAAGGGGAUGAAGAAAUAGAAAACGACUCGUGAAAAGUUUCUAGUAGUAAUUAUCUUCUCAAUACUAGUUAUCUACUGUACUAAUAUCUCAUUCUUUGGUUUCUUAAGGGUUUGAUGUUUUAUGUUAAUUUGAUUGAGUGGGAGGUCUUUCACUAACAAGAGUCAAAUGUACAGUAGAAAACUGAAAGGGAAAUUCUAAACUGUUGCAUUUCUUCUUCCCUAAUGAUUUUAGAUCUUGUAUUAAAAACAACUGUUGAAACUGUUGUCGAAAUUCAGUAGGUUCCAAAUAUUGUACGAAUUAGCUAAUUUUUUAAAGAAUAUUCAUAGAAUAAAAUAAUCAAUGAAAGUUUUGAUAAGCCUGAAGCGAAUAAGAUAAUUCAAGAAAAUUAUCAGUAAAACGACAAGAUCUGCUUAUAAGGAUAUUUAAAAAAAUAAUAGUAUUUUAAACUUAUCGAGUUGAUACAGACUAUUUAGGAGAUUAUGAUAUAAGGUUUUACUUCUUAAAGCGCUUAUAUUAGCCUUGAUAUAUUCAAAAUGAUUUGUAAAUAAAUAAUACAUUAAAUUCAGUAUAUAAUAAAAAUACUGUUAAUUUUG